AUUUCACCUGGAUCGUGAAAGCGAAUGACCGGGCUUAUCACGAGCAAUUCCGGAAGAGGUACGCCUACUGUCUGAAAAAGAAAAAAUAUGCGGGCAACUCUAUCAAGACGGCCAAGUACAACGUCCUCACUUUCCUCCCUCUCAACCUGUAUGAACAAUUUCACCGUGUGGCAAAUCUCUAUUUCUUGCACGUCAUUUUAUUACAGAGUAUCCCGGAGAUUUCCACUCUGCCUUGGUUCGCCCUCCUGUUCCCGAUCAGCAUCCUUCUCAGCAUCCGAGGCAUCCGGGACUUAAUCGAUGACAUUGCACGGCACCGGAGCGAUGGGGAAAUCAACAGCCGGCCCUGUGAGAUCUUGACCGGGGGAAGAUUCCGCAAGAAGCAGUGGAAGGACAUACAUGUGGGCGACAUUGUCUGUCUCCGCAAGGACAGCUUCGUGCCAACGAAUCUGAAGUACAGGCAAGCCCUCCUGGUAACCCACCAAGAGCUCACCAGUGUGGAGAACAUGGUGUCCUUCAACGGGAAAGUGACCUGUGAAGAGCCAAACAGUCGACUGCAUCAUUUCAUUGGCACCCUGGAAUGGCGGGGUGAGACAUAUCCACUGGACACUGAGCAGAUCUUGCUGCGCGGCUGUAGGAUCCGGAAUACGGAGAUCUGCUAUGGCCUUGUCAUCUACGCAGGCUCCGAUUCCAAAAUAAUGAAGAACUGUGGCAAGAUCAAACUGAAAAAGACGAAGCUCAACCGUCUAAUGGAUCGUAUUGUACUGCUGAUCUCCCUGGCGCUCAUACUGACUUCGCUUGGCCUCGCGGUGGGCUCUGGGCUCUGGGUGGCCAAGUUCCGCCAGGAGCACAACUACCUCUCCGUCUUCUACACCAACACCAGCGCAGCCAAGCACGCCUUCUAUGCCUUCUGGGGGUUCAUCAUCCUCCUGAGCUUCGUGCUGCCGAUGGCCAUGCUUAUCACUUUUGAGUUCAUCUACCUGGUCAAUAGCUGUUUCAUCAACUGGGAUUUGGAAAUGUAUUACGUGCCCAAAGAUACGCCCGCCAAGGCAAGGAGCACCAGUCUGAAUGACCAGCUGGGACAGAUCCAGUAUAUCUUCUCCGAUAAGACGGGCACCUUGACCCAAAACAUCAUGACGUUCAAGAAAUGUUGUAUCGACGGGAAGAUAUAUGGUUCAAACAGGAGUAGCAACACCAACCUGAUGGAAGACCUCUUAAGUUGGAACAAAUAUUGGGACAUGAAGCUGGAAUUUUAUGACCCCUUGCUGAUGAGUACCAUCCAGCAGGACGACAACCCCGUCCUCAGAGAAUUCCUGCGGUUGCUGGCUCUCUGCCACACCGUCAUGGUGGAGGAGAAAGAAAGUCAGCUGAUUUACCAAGCUGCGUCACCAGACGAAGAAGCUCUCGUGACAGCAGCCAGGAACAUGGGAUACGUCUUUCUCUCCCGGACUCAGGAUACCAUCACCAUCAGUGAGCUGGGCAAGGAGAGGACCUAUAAGGUGUUAGCGCUUCUAGAUUUCAACAGCGUGCGCAAACGGAUGUCUGUUCUGGCCAAUGGCCACCAUGACACCUUGUGGGCUCUCCUUGGGGCCACAGCCAUCGAAGACAAACUCCAAGAGGGAGUCCCAGAGACCAUCCACCUCCUCAAAAGGGGGGGCAUGAAAGUGUGGGUGUUGACCGGAGACAAGCAAGAGACGGCGGUGAAUAUAGGCUUUGCGAGCCAACUCCUGUCGGACGACAUGACCAUCCUCGGGGAGACUGAGAUCUGUGAAAUCCUCAAAUCUUCCGGCAGUAGCGACAACAGUAUGGCGGGCAGUGGGGAAGCCUUGUUUGGCUGUGACUCGCCUCAGCAUUUCCAGGCAUCCUUCAUCCAUGACAAGAUGGCUUUGGUGGUCUCCGGCGACUUCUUAGACAAAAUCCUUCACGCCGCAGGGGAAGAGCAGGGGAAGAGGAAGCCAAGCGCUUGGGAGUGGUUUCGAGGCUGCCGGGUGAAGGCCAAGGCGAAUCACAGGGACUCGGUAGAAGAGGCCUUUGUGGAGCUGGCCACAGCCUGCCAGGCGGUCAUCUGCUGUCGAGUGACGCCCAAGCAGAAGGCUCUCAUUGUCCAGAUGGUCAAGAGACACAAGAACGCCAUCGCUCUGGCCAUCGGAGACGGGGCCAACGAUGUCAACAUGAUAAAAACCGCUGACAUUGGGGUGGGGAUCAGCGGGCAAGAAGGCAUGCAGGCAGUCCAGUGCAGCGACUACGCCCUGGCGCAGUUCCGCUACCUGCAACGGCUCCUCUUUGUCCACGGCCGAUGGUCUUACCUACGCAUUUGCAAGUUCCUCCGGUAUUUCUUCUACAAGACGUUUGCUGGCAUGAUGGCACAGAUCUGGUUUGCUUUCUACACCGGCUUCACUGCCCAGCCCCUGUUUGAAGGUUGGUUCCUGGCUCUUUACAACGUCUUCUACACUUCUUACCCAGUGCUCUGCAUGGGGAUGUUUGAACAGGAUGUGAGUGCCAAGAAAAGCUUGAAGUUCCCUGAGCUCUACAAGGCCGGUCAGAAAGACCUGCUCUUCAACUUCCGGACCUUCUGCCUCGCCUUCAUCCAGGGCUCUUUCGUCUCCCUGGCCACCUUCUACAUUGCCCUCUGGGCCUAUGAAGACAAAGCCGGCGUCAGGAUCGUUGGGGAUUACCAGUCCUUUGCCAUGAUAAUAGCAACCUCGGCCAUAAUGACUGUCACGGUGGAGAUCAUCCUGGAUGUCAAAUUCUGGACCGUCUUCUCCAUCCUGGCCAUCUUCCUCAGCUUAAUUCUCUACUGCCUUUGUUCCUACCUCACUCAGAGUUUCCAGGCUUACGAGACGGCCCCCACCGUGUUCCAGUUCCCCGAUGCCUCUAAGAAUGCACUGACGGACCCAACGGCUCUGCUCGUUGUCUUGCUCUCUGUCACUGUCAGCAUCCUCCCCUCCCUUGCCAUCCGCUUUCUGCGCAGCAUCACCGUCCUGAGAACCAUGUCGGAGAUCGCUCAAGCCAGGGACCUGGAGAAGAAGCCGAGCAUGGUGGAGCUGACUUCUCAUGUCCGGAGGGAUUGCCACUGGAGGCGCUCGAGUUAUGCCUUCUCGCACAAGGAAGGUUACGCCGACCUCAUCUCCAGGGGUGCCAGCUUGCGCAGCAAGGGCCCCCAGGUCCGCGGCCAAAUCAAUGGCUUCCACCACACGCUGCUGCCCGGCAAAGAAAGCACUGAGGACAUUGCCUCCAGUCAUGAUGUUCUCGCACAACACUUGACCUGUUGACCUGGCGAGGGGCAGAGGCCACAGUUGUACAGUUAUGUCAAUUCCAAGAAAACAGUCCCGGAUCUUCAGACCGCCAGUCACAGGGCUUGACAUUGCACAUCUCUUUUGCUCUUGGGGAGGUCUCCGAGCGCGCACAGUCGGCCCAUGAGGUUCUGAGUACAAAUCCUGGUAGUCCUGGCUUUACUGAGAAGCUGUCCUUAUCUGGCCUUGUCUGGCCUGCAGAUUAACUCCUGGUCCUUGCCAGGGAUUCAGUGGCUUGAUCACAAACGACAAUCUCCCCCCUGUAGUCGUAAAGCAGGGGAAAGCGUAAGCACCCAGGCACACGAACAAGCGUGAAAAUCACCCCUCUAGGGAUGAGCGAAGAAGUCCCUCUUUGGGAUGCGUUGAUCUUUUGGCCGGCAGUUUUGUUUCUCGGCUUUUUGCUGCCGAUGUUCUCGACUCAUCUGUCUUCUGUGUAUCUCAUUGUGUUCUGAUUGGCAAACUGUACCGUACAGGUUGGUGUAGUGGUUAAGAGCUG